AUCAACAAAAGGGAAUGGCACGGCAUAGAAAUAUCCAUUGGGUAGAAGAAACCAUGGUAAACACAUGGAUCGCUAUUGCUAUCGCCAACACUAUUCUUUGGUUGAGAAGCCUACAACAACAAACACCAUCAGAACAACCACCAUCUCCGCUGCAACAAACAUCAUCGGAACAACCACCAUCGCCUCUCCAACAAACACCAUUGCAACAAUCACCACCUUCGAUUAUAACAACAACAACAACAACUGGAACAGGUACCAUAACAACAACAACAACUACAACUAGCGGAACAACCACCAUAAUAACAACGACAUGCACAAUCGGCCACCCUCUCUUUCAACAUCAUAUUGAUGAACUCAUCCAGGCAGAUCAGUUCGAGAACUUAGACUUUUAA